AAUCGUAAGUUUUAGUUUUGUGCCAUACAGUUCAAAUGGGUUUUAGACGUCUGAAUGGAAGAUAUCUGAUAUAUUCUGAAAAACGUUUCUGGGAAGCGAAAGGAGUCUUAGUGAGAGCUCUUCGCCUCUUUAUUGUCUUCGGUCCUUUGCGACUCCUCCUGCCAUCGUCCCGGGCUGCAGGAGGCAAAACAGAAGUGGUGCAAGAAGUACUCUGUGGAGCUGAGAUGAACUACUAAAACUCAGUGCUCGGAAAAUAUCGACCAUGGAGCUGAUACAUUGUAUAGCUAAGCUAAGGGUGCACUAUGAAGUUUUGGGUUUUUCAGCUGGAACUACGGCUCCUGUGAUCGAAGUCUGUCUUUCUCCAUAUAGGCUCCUGCUUCGGGCGGCUCCUCCGGGCAUGCUCCUUAAGCCAAAGUAUGGCCGCUUUCGCAACGAGUCUGUGACCUCCUCUGACGACCUGAUGCAGAGCCUAGCCAUGAGCGGCAAAGUUGUGGCCACACCGGUGGGCCCUUCCUCCACCCCGAGCCUCCCUCUGCCUCCUCUGGAUCCCACUGACAGAUCAUCCUCAGCAGCUGGUGCUGCAGCCCUGGCCGACUCCCCUUGCCUGGAUGGGGAACAGGAUGCCACCACUACCUUCUGCAUGCUCAUCCCUAAGAUGCCCCAGUGGAAGUUUUCUAACUCCCUGCUCAGCCGGAGCCCCUCCAACUCCAGCUCCAGCUCUAGCUCUAGCAAGGACUCAGGCAAGGCAGCGGCGGCUCCCUCCCAGGCCUCUGUCUCUCUUUCUUCGUCUUCACAGAGGGCGACCAGUGUGACUUCAGCUAGUGGCCCGGUGGCCAGUCUCGCAGCGGUACUUAACUCCUGUGACCCUGUUUGCGUCACCCCAUGUUCCCUGCAGGCCAUCCGAGGGCAGAGAGCAGUUGCAGCGGCACACUCUGCCAGUCAAGGGGGCCACGUCUUUGGGGCCACAGAGGCCAUGGCGAGCCCUGGAGGUUCCAGCAGCUCCAGGUCCGGAAUGAACCGCAGGACGAGGGUCGAAGGCAUGUGGCUGGGUGGAGAGGACUUCUCCCAGAAGGGUAGCUUCAUCCACAAACCCUCUCAAGGCUGGCUGCACCCUGACAAGAAGAUUGCAGGACCAGGGGCCUCUUAUAUAGUCAGGUACAUGGGCUGCAUUGAAGUACUGAAGUCGAUGCGCUCCCUGGACUUUAACACGCGGACUCAGGUGACGAGGGAAGCCAUCAACAGGCUGUGUGAGGCUGUGCCAGGCGGAAAGGGAGCAUGGAGGAAAAAGGCCCUGAACAAAGCUCUCCAGUCUGUCAUGGGGAAGAGUAACUUGCGAUUUGCAGGCAUGAGUAUCGCAGUCAAUAUUUCCAUAGAUGGCCUCAGUCUGCUAAUCCCCACUACACGACAGGUGAUUGCGCACCAUCCCAUGCAGUCCAUCUCGUUCGCCUCUGGGGGAGACACAGACACGCCUGAUUAUGUUGCGUAUGUGGCCAAGGACCCAGUGAAUCAGAGAGCGUGUCACAUCCUGGAGUGUGCAGAUGGUUUAGCCCAGGGUGUCAUCAGCACCAUCGGCCAGGCCUUCGAGCUGCAGUUCAAACAGUACCUGCACAGUCCACCCAAAACCAUGGCGUCCGUAGAGAGGUCUGUCAGGACAGAAGAGCCAAUGUGGGGGGAGGAGGAGGACUUCUCGGACCACAAUUACUACAACAGCAUCCCGGGGAAGGAGCCUCCCAUCGGGGGAGUGGUGGACUCCAGGCUGAGGUCGAGUGGAGCCAUGCUGGGUCACAUUCACACCCAACCACAGAGCAAGACGGCAGCACAGAUGGGGUCUCCUGCUAGGAGGGAUCAGGCAUUUUAUCCUCCUGGCCAGCUGUGCUAUGAACUUCACUGGGACACUGAGACCACAGCCAGCUCAGGUCUGACAUCAGAUGGUUACCUGUGUGCAGACGGUCAGCCACCAGGCAACAAAGAUUACGAGGAGCAUCAGUACGUCAACACCCAGAACUUGGAGAAUCUGAAUUCCUGGGGUCCUGAAGGAUACAGAGGGGCCAGGGCACCCGACAGUCCCAAGAAGGACCUCUUUGACAUGAGGCCCUUUGAGGACGCCCUGAAGCUCCACGAGGCCUGUGGCGGAACUGUCGGGUCCGGCGUGUCUGCUGCAGCCGGAGGCGUCCACGUCCUGGAGGACCAGUGGCCUAGCCCUCCACGCCGUCGAGCCCCUGUGGCUCCAAAUGAAGAGCAGCUCCGCCGGGAGCCGUGGUACCACAGCCGUAUGAGUAGACGGGACGCAGAGAGACUCCUGGUCCGGGACGGAGAUUUCCUGGUGAGGGAGAGCACCACCAACCCGGGACAGUAUGUGCUGACCGGCAUGCACUGUGGCCUGCCCAAACACCUACUGCUGGUGGACCCAGAGGGAGUGGUCCGAACCAAAGACAUGUUAUUUGAGAGCAUAAGCCACCUCAUCUCAUACCACCUGAAGAACGAGCUGCCUAUUGUGGCAGCAGAGAGUGAGCUGCACCUCAAACAGGUGGUCAGGAGGAAACAGUGAGCCAUCUGGCCCUGCAUGGGACGGUGUUUUUUGUGUUCCCAUGCAAAAGCCACAGACACAUAAAUAUGGAAAACAUUUAUCCCAGAUGGAUAUUUAUCAGGAACAAAGGACACCACUGAUACUUUCUUUCCAUGAACCAUUCUGCUAAGGAGGAGAGUGAGGCAUCUGACAUCUUCUUGUACUUUCUCUGCCUUUUGCUGACCAGGAUCGACAGAACUGUCCCCCAUCCGUCAAAAACUCCUCAGCAUGCAGCUGUCAAGCUAACAAACCUACCAGAAUCCACAGUUUGAGCCAAGAAAAC